GUGGGGGAUGGGCACCUGAGGGUGGGUGGUUUUCAGAUAGGAGAAGGCUGAGGAAGUGGGGGCCUGUGUGUGAGGGUCUGUAGUGGGUUUUGGGGUUAGGAGGGGUUGUUCCCCUCCUGCCCGUGGUUCAAGGUGGGGUUUCUCUGUCCGCCACCAAACGCACUGAAUUCUCUGCUGCUGUCUGUGCAGCUCUUCCUCAACAGCUGCAAUGGGUUCUGCACUUUCUCUGUCUGCUGACAGCGCUGCCUCCAGGCGGAGGAGGAAGGCUGACGAGGAUGAUGAUGGUGAUGAUGAUUUACUCGACAGCCGAGACCGCAAUGAGGACAUUGCCAAAUUUCCAUACGUUGAAUUCACGGGUCAGGACAGCAUCACCUGCCCCACUUGCCAGGGCACUGGCUGCAUUCCCACAGAACAAGUAAAUGAGUUGGUGGCUUUGAUACCCUACAGCGACCAGAGGCUCCGUCCACAGAGGACGAAGCUCUAUGUCCUCCUGUCGGUGCUGCUCUGCCUUCUGAUCUCAGGGUUGGUCGUUUUCUUCCUCUUUCCACACUCUGUCCUGGUGGAUGAUGGAGGCAUUAAGGUGGUUCAAGUCUGGUUCGACAGGAAGAACUCUGUUGUCCUUCUUGCCAUCACGGCCACUUUACAGAUCAGGAACUCCAACUUCUACUCAGUGACAGUGGACAGUCUGACCAGUCAGGUGCAGUACAUGAACACCGUGGUGGGCAGCCAGCAGAUCUCCAACAUCUCCAGCAUCCAGCCACUAAGUGACAAGCUGGUGAAUUUCACAGUGAAGGUGGAGAUGGGAGGACCUUUCUCCUAUGUGUAUUUCUUUUGCACGUUUCCCAAGGUGAAGGUGCAUAAUAUAGUCAUCUUCAUGAGGACGUCGGUGAAGCUCUCCUCCAUCGGCCGCAGGACGCAGAGCUCUGUGGAAACGUACCACUACAUCGACUGCAGCACCAACUCCACGGCUGAGCCGCCCCCUCUGCCGGCCCCGUCCGGGCACGGCGUGGCUCUGAGCAAACCCUGAGCUCGCUGCUGUGUUCCGAGGGUGCUGAUGGUGCAGAUGGAUUUCCCUGGUGAAAUAUGAAACGUGUAGCUGUAGAAAAGGAACUUUUUGAAAUGGAAGCAGAAGGACUGCGAGUGACUUCAGGAGAGACUUGAAGGCUCUGGGUCCCUUUUGCACUUUGCAACCUGCAGCUGGGCUGCGUUGCUGGCCUGUCCCUGACAUCCUUGGUGUUCACGUACAAGCCUCCAGGUCCCUUCCGAAGUGAGAGGCCUGACUUCCUCUUGAGUUCUUUAACUGGUUUUUGUGUAGAACUGAGGACUUGAGCUCUGUGCCUUGGGGUCCAAGGAUCUCAAAGACUUAGAUUUGAGUUUUGAGGUUUAACGGUCUGCUCCUUUCAGGGCAAGCUAACUGGUUCUGUGUGAUUUAUCCCAAUUUUGUUUGCUGGCAGCCUGUCACUGGCAUCUUUCAGAGCAGAACUUGAUAAAAAGGGAUAAUUCUCUGCCAGGAAUGAACAGAUGAGGUGUUCAGGCUUUCACCUGAGUAACUUGCACUAGUAGGAGGAAAGGGAAUUGAAACCACCGAAAUGUUUUCUCCUUUGCUGGCAGCUGAGGCUGCCUCCAGCGACCCGAUACUAAAACACCGGUCUUAAUGAGGACAGCCUCAUUAAGCAGGGUGCUAUUGGUGUGGGGAAGGGUCCCUGUGGCUUUGACCCUCUGAUCUAUGCGUGGCUCUGAAGCCGCUGCUUGGGGCGUGCGGCAUUCAGCAGCUUUGAGUUCCCUGGUGUUGAACCCAGGGAAGGUGCAGCUCAGUGCUGCUCUGUGUUUGUGCCUGCUGUGAGUGAGCGCAGACCUGAACUGAUUUUUGUUGAAGAUUGGGGAGUUUUGUGUUUCAAAGGCUCACCUCGCCGGAGCCCAUCGUUCCCAAAGGACGGCAGAGCAAACAAACCUGAUGCUGCAGUUCAGCCUGCUGCAGUUCUGCAGUCUGCUUGCUGUGUUUGCAGCUUGGAGAACUUUGUUCUGCUUUUGCCCUUUGUAGUUUUUCUGGAACCACAUCACUGCAGCCUUCCCUGUUUCCUCUGUGCGCACCCUGUGCUGUUCUCCAUCCAUCUCUAUGUGGAAACAAAGGGGCCAAAGGCUGCAGGGGAAGUGGCUCUGGUGUUUUUUCAAUGAAGGAGGCUUUCUUUUGUGCAAGUGUGAAAUAAAAAUGCCCUUUGGUUUUUAAGAGGUGGAGCGUCUUCCCAGCAGAGCUUCUAGAGCUGAAGUCUGCUUACUAAAGCAGGGCCGUGUGAUGAGUGGUGUCUUUACAUCGAAACUGAGGAAAUGCUGUGUCUGUGUCCUAUGGAAAUCAACCUUUUGUCCUAGAGGGAGCGCUCAGCGUUGUGACUGGCAUCGUGUCACCUCUUGCCUGAGCACCCCUUGUCUCCUGCUGGUGAUUUGGGGGAACGAGGGCUGAAAUCCUCACCAGCAGAGCAGCCCUCCAAGCACCUCCGUUCCCAUGCAGGCUGCAGGAUUUGGGUUCAUGGACCUCAGCUCUGCGGCUGCCGCUGCUCCGUCCCCAUCUCAUCACGAGCUCCUCACCCCCCAUGCUGAUAAACCCCCCAUCAGCUUCUGACUCUGCUGAGUUGAGUUUUCUGUAAGGAAGCUGUAGGAGUCACACGCUCUGCCCUUCCUCGUCCUGCUGCCUGAGCUUCCUGCAGCCCUCAGCGUAGGGUGACUCUGUGCCCCCUCGUGGGUGGCAGCAGAGCUUCCUGAUGACCCCCAACCCUUUGCUGUGGUGCUUUGGCUGCAGAUAACAGAUGCUCUCCUCCUCCCUGGAGCCAGGUCCUAAAAGCAGAGCUGCUUUUACCGGGUGAGGGAGAGCUCAGAGGGCUGCCUGCGGGAUCCCCCCAUCCUGCUGCUUAUUUGAGCAGGGAAACAGCUUGUGGAGAGCCCUGGUAAUUGGGGGUGCCCUCUGGGUCAUGUGGCACUUGGCCUUAUAAAGGGCGUUUAUUUUGGAAAAUCCUUCUUAA